AUGCUCAAUUCAACUUCUGACAUUGAUACCAACAAAUUUUCUGGAUUUUACGGACUCAACAGGAUGUAUGUAGCAUUGUACUAUACAUUUCUCAGCGUUGCUUCCAUAAUGUUGAAUCUGCUUUUCCUAUAUGGUAUCCGAGAUCUAUGCGGCUGGGAUUCAAGAUUUUCAUUUACACUGCUUUUCUUUGCAUCGGUGAUAUCCAUACUGAGAUUUGUCGUGCAGUUGGUUGCCUGUCUCUUAGCGAUUAUUGAUCUGGACUGGAUUCGAUAUCAAACCUUGUGGAUCGCUUUUGGCUCGGCUGCGUAUGCUUCAUAUUUCACUGCCGUAAUCUUGAGCAUGUGUAUCACAUUCAAUCGACUCAUCUACACUGUCUUUCCGGCCGAAACAAUAUAUAUCGACAAAAAGAUUACAAAAAUUAUAAUUGGUGCGUUAAUUCUGUGCUUCGCUUCAGAAGUUGUUCUGCUGAAUACAAGAAUUAUGAGCUCAAGAUGGAUACCCCAAUAUAUGGUAUUUGCAGAGAAUACAUGGAUCGAGGAAAACAAGUUCCCUGAGGUCAACACACUCUCCAAUUAUGUUGUCGGCAUUUUCAAUUUAGUCGCUUAUGCGCUGAUCUUCGCACUAUUGACAAAGCGAAGGCUCUUCACAUUGAGACGGAACGGAGAGAUACGGAUGACUUUGCAGGUUUUGAUCAUGAUUUUGUGCGAGCUCUUCUUUUUUAUUUACUGGGAGCACUUUGAAAUGGAAGCUUAUGGCCCUUUGGAUCUUAUUCUAGCAGAGACAUCUUCCCUGCUCUACUUCGACAUCUUUGCCUUGCCGUAUCUCAUACUAAACGAAAAUGUUCAUCAAAGACUGAAAUGGAAAAGGAACAAUGUUGUUGAUUGUACUGUGGGGAAUACGAUGCAGGAGGAGUCACGAAACGGAGUAAGAUGGGCUAAACGUCCGAAAACAUCAGCGUGA